GGAAGCCGGAAGCCGCAGCCGCCGCCGUCGUCCCUUCCCGGUCCCCGCCCGCCGGGUGCCGUCGGAGGUUGACAGGUCGUGGCGGGGAGGCGGCGGCGGCAGCAGAGCCGGGCGCCCGAGACGGAGACCUCAUGGGGAACGCUCCGAGUCACAGCAGUGAAGACGAGGCGGCAGCCGCCGGGGGCGAGGGCUGGGGCCCGCACCAGGACUGGGCCGCGGACUCGGGCACGACCCCCGGCCAGGGCCCCGCGGCCCCGGCGCUGCCGCCCGCCGCGGCGCUGCUGGAGCCGGCCCGGCUGCGAGAGGCGGCGGCUGCUCUGCGGCCCACGCCGCCCUGCGAGUCUCUGGUGUCCAGGCACCACGGCGCGCUUUUGCGCUGGCUGGAAGAGCGCCUGGGCCGCGGCGAAGAGUCCGUCACCCUGGAGCAGUUCGGGGAGCUGCUGGAGGCUCGUGGCGCCGGCUUCUCGGGCGAGCGGUUCGAGGAGGCCUUUGCCCAGUUUGAUGCUGAGGGUGAUGGUACGGUUGAUGCUGAGAACAUGUUGGAGGCCCUCAAGAAUUCCAGUGGAGCUAACCUUCAGGGAGAGCUGAGCCACAUCAUCAGACAGCUGCAAGCGUGCUCUCUUGUUCCAGGUUUCAUAGACAUAUUUUCAGAGUCCAAGGAGGGCCUGGAUGUCCAUGCGGCGAUGAUCCUGCGCUUCCUGCAUCGCAACCGGCUCUCCAGCACCGUCAUCCCCUACCCCAUGUUGGACCACUGCAAUAACAUGAGCACCAUGAGGGCCUCUGUUCUGAAGGAGUCUCUGGAUCAGCUGGUACAAAAAGAGAAGGAGAGCCCUGGAGAUCUGACUAGAAGCCCAGAGAUGGACAAACUCAAGUCUGUCGCGAAAUGCUACGCUUAUAUAGAAACAUCCUCCAACCCUGCAGACAUUGACAAGAUGACAAAUGGAGAAACCUCAUCCUACUGGCAGUCAGAUGGCAGUGCCCGCUCACACUGGAUUCGUCUAAAAAUGAAGCCAGACGUCGUACUCAGGCACUUGUCCAUUGCUGUGGCGGCCACUGACCAGAGCUACAUGCCGCAGCAGGUGACCGUCGCCGUGGGGAGGACGGCCAGCGAUCUUCAGGAAGUCCGCGAUGUGCACAUCCCCAGCAAUGUCACCGGCUAUGUGACACUGCUGGAGAAUGCCAACAUCAGUCAGCUCUAUGUCCAGAUUAACAUAAAGCGUUGUCUUAGUGAUGGAUGUGACACUAGAAUUCACGGUCUGAGGGCUGUUGGCUUUCAGAGAGUCAAGAAGUCUGGGGUCUCAGUCUCAGAUGCUUCUGCAAUAUGGUAUUGGUCUCUACUGACAUCUCUGGUGACGGCUUCCAUGGAGACAAAUCCUGCCUUUGUCCAGACAGUGCUGCGCAACACUCAGAAGGCACUGCAGCACAUGCCUCCGCUGUCCCUCUCACCAGGAUCUACAGAUUUCUCCACUUUCCUGUCUCCCAACGUUCUGGAAGAGGUGGACAGCUUCCUCAUAAGGAUUACUAGCUGCCGUUCUACACCAGAGGUGGAGCUGACUCUUCUGGCCUUUGCACUAGCAAGAGGAAGUGUUGCCAAAGUGCUGAGCUCUCUGUGUACUGUCACUGAUCACCUGGACACACACUAUGAUGCCUCAUCGCUCAUCUCAUCCAUGGCAUCGGUCAGGCAGAACCUGCUCCUUAAAUACGGGAAACCUCUCCAAUUGACUCUUCAGGCCUGUGAUGUCAAGGGAAAAGAAGAGAAGUCAGGGCCUGAAAACCUGCUUGCUGAGCCAUGGACGAGGGACGGUUUUCUUACAGAGACUGGAAAAACCAGAGCAAGUACUAUUUUUUCUACAGGAACUGAAUCUGCCUUCCAAGUUACUCAGAUCAGAAUUAUGGUUCGACGUGGUGGCAUCGGUGCCCAGUGUGGCUUGGUGUUUGCGUACAAUUCAUCUUCUGAUAAAUUUCAUGCGGAAGAACACUUCAAAAGAUUCGAAAAAUAUGACAAAUGGAAGCUUCAGGAGUUCAGGCAAUUUGUAAAAAGCAGGAUCGGUUGCUCAUCUGAUAUCCUUGGUGAAGAUGAUCCCAUUGGCUGGUUUGAGCUGGAAGAAGAGUGGGAUGAAGCAGAUGUCAAGUUGCAGCAGUGCAGAGUUGCCAAAUAUUUGAUGGUGAAGUUCCUCUGCACCCGCCAGGAGUCGGCAGAGCGCUUGGGAGUACAAGGCUUGAGCAUCAGUGGGUACCUCCGGCCUGCGAGAGCAGAAGCCGAACAGAGCAUCGUCUGUGCUCACUGCAGAAAGGGCAUGGAGGAGAGUGUCUGCGGGGCCACACUGCUCCUCAAGACCCUUCAGUUCAUCCAGCAGCUCGCCCACGACCUGGUACAGCAGAAGGAAAGUGGCUUAAAAUACAAAUCUUUUCUGGACUUUGCGGGUCUUGACUUGCAGAUCUUCUGGAAUUUUUACAGUAAAUUAAAGCAAAACCCCAGGGAAGAGUGCAUCUGUGCCCAAACUCUGCUUCUGCAGCUCCUCCAGAGCUGCUUCUCGGUGCUGCAAGGAGAUGCUCCUGCCGCCGCUGAGGACGCCAAGGCUCCAAGCCCGCGCCCUAGGCCAGUGGAGGCUGCCAAGGAGCUCUACGCGCACCUGUGCAGUGUGGUGGAUAGGUUGGAUGGAGACUCUGUGCCCAUGGAAAUACUAAAACAAGAAGUCAGGAAUACCCUUCUCAAUGGGGCUGCCAUCUUCUUUCCUGAUCGACUGACCCGGCGGAAUCAUCUCUUCACCAUGAUGAAGAAUGUCACCGAGCAGGAACACAAGCAGUCCAUGCAGCUCACUUUCCGCUCACUCUGCACGUAUUUUAGUGAUAAGGAUCCGGGCGGCCUUCUGCUGUUACCUGAGAAAGGCGACCUGGCUGACAUGGACAUCAGCGAAGUGCUAGCGGUCAUGAACACCCUGCUGUCUGUUGCCGCUCGAGAGUGUGAGCUGUUGAUGGUUGAUGGAGCUCAAAGGGAGGUGGGCUGUGUGCUCUCCUCCCUGUUCUGGUCUGUCCAAGGGAGCCUGCUCUCCUGGUGCUACCUGCAGCUGAAGAGCACUGACCCUGGAGCCAAGGACCUUGCCGCCGACCUCACUGACAGAUAUGUGGGGCAGUUUCUGGCACACGUGAGAGUGAUUUUGGAAUCCCUUUUGUCACAGUAUAGCGGGAAAACCAUAGUAGAAAAAUUAUGUAACUCGGUGUUUUCGAUGGCAGCUCGCCAGCUGGUCAUCUUUCUGCUGGACUUCUGCACAUUGGACAUUUCACACUGCACACUCUUGAGAGAGUUCAGUGCCCUGACAGAGCUGCUGAAGGAGCUCUGCAGUGACCCCGAUGGAGGAGUGAACAAGCUGGAUGUCGAGACUUGGCAGCAGGAGCGCCCUGUGGUGUUACACACGUGGACCAAGGAGUCUGCCCACAACUAUGAAAAUAACUGCCAUGAAGUGUCUGUCUUUGUCAGCCCAGGGGCAACCUAUUUCGAGGUGGAAUUUGAUGAGAGAUGUGAAACUGAAAAAAGGUAUGAUUAUCUGGAAUUUACCGAUGCCAGAGGUGGGAAAACACGCUAUGACACAAAAGUUGGCACUGACAAGUGGCCCAAGAAAGUGACCUUUAAGGCUGGUCCCCGGCUGCAGUUUCUCUUCCACUCUGACAGCAGCAACAAUGAGUGGGGCUACAAAUUCACCGUCACCGCCUACGGCCUGCCUGAUGUCGCGGUGUCUUGGGGGCUGGAUUUACAGCUCCUGGUGUCCCGGCUGAUGGGACGCCUUGCUUCCCAGUGCAUGGCACUCAAGUCUGCGCACCAGUUAGGCAGUAACAUGGCAAUACCUCAGGCAAAAAUGGCAUUAGUCCUAAACUCCCCCUUGUGGAAACCUGUCUUCAGGCACCAAAUACAUCCAGAGUUGGGAUUAGAAGCAAGCUGGCCCACUCACCCACCCCAGGAUAAUAAGGAGGUUAAGAACAUCCCUGAUGAUCCCUGCCAUCAAUUUCUUCUUGACUUUGCACAGUCAGAUCCUGCCCAGAACUUCUGUGGGCCAUAUUCAGAACUUUUCAAAGGAUUCAUACAGGCAUGUAGAAAACAGGCCCCAAAGACAGAUAUAGUUGCUGGUUCCACUAUUGAUCAAGCUGUGAACGCCACCUUUGCUGCUCUGGUGUAUCGCACUCCAGACUUAUAUGAGAAGCUGCAAAAAUAUGUAAACAGCGGGGGCAAGACAGCCUUGAGUGAGGAGUUUGCACAGGUGUAUUCCUUGGCUGAUGGGAUUCGAAUAUGGAUGUUAGAGAUGAAGCAGAAGUCCCUGAUGAACCUGGGGAGUGAGGCAGAAGAACAGCGUGGGCCAGAAGCUGCUGAGGCUAACCCCGAGAGCCUGGCGAAAGAGUGUUAUCAGAAGAGUCUUCUACUAUUGAAAUUUUUGCCCACGGGUGGAGGUUCAAAAGAAAGCUGUGACAGGUCGGUGGCCGUGGAUGACACAGAUCACCUGCAGCCACUGGACAAGCGCCAGAGGACAAGCUCUGUAGUGGUAGAGCAUUUCCAAGCUUCGGCGUCGCCCACCGAAGCAGCGCCCCCUACUGCGGGAGACCGGAGCCCCGGCCCGGACGUGCAGCCCACGCUGCCCCCCAGCAGUGGCGCUCCUGCCUUGGAAGUGUCCUCCGUCCCAGCAGAGGAGCCCUCGUCACCUUCCACUCCCACCCGGCGGCCUCCCUUCACCCGGGGGCGACUCCGGCUGCUCUCCUUCCGCUCGAUGGAGGAGGCCAGACCGGCGCCCACGGUGAAAGAGAAGUACCCCGUGCUGAAGGACCUCAUGGACUUCAUUAAAGAUCAGUCACUCUCCCACGAGAGUGUUGUAAAGGUUCUCUCCUUGAGGAAGGCCCAAGCCUGGAGCAUCCUCGAGGUGCUGAGGAUCAUCCAGUGUUGUACCGAGUCCCUCGGGCAGCCUCACUGCUUCCACCCGCCUUACAUCCUUUUCCUGUUAGAACUCCUCACCUGCCAGAAAGAGUUUACCAAUUAUUUUGGACACCUGGAAGGCUGUGGUGCAGAUCUACACAAAGAAAUUCGAGACACUUACUAUCAGUUUGUUCUCUUUUUGGUCAAAGCAGUCAAAGGAUUCAAUAGCAAAAAUGACAGGUCCUUGCUGCCUGCCCUGUCCUGCAUCCAGACGGCCCUGCUGCACCUUUUGGACAUGGGCUGGGAACCCAGUGAUCUCACCUUCUUUGUUGACAUUCAGUUACCAGAUCUCCUCAUGAAAAUGUCACAGGAAAACAUAAGUGCCCAUGACAGUGUGAUCAGCCAAUGGAGUGAAGAAGAUGAGCUUGCUGAUGCCAAGCAGAAUUCAGAAUGGAUGGAUGAGUGUCAGGAUGGCAUGUUUGAGGCCUGGUAUGAAAAAAUAGCCCAGGAAGAUCCAGAGAAGCAGAGGAAAAUGCACAUGUUUAUCGCUCGCUAUUGUGACCUGUUAAAUGUGGACAUCUCCUGUGACGGGUGUGAUGAGAUCGCCCCCUGGCAUCGCUACCGUUGUCUGCAGUGCAGCGACAUGGAUCUCUGCAAGACUUGCUUCCUGGGUGGGGUGAAGCCUGAGGGCCAUGGAGAUGACCACGAAAUGGUCAACAUGGAGUUCACGUGUGACCACUGCCAGGGUUUGAUCAUAGGCCGGAGGAUGCACUGCAAUGUAUGCGAUGACUUUGACCUGUGCUAUGGAUGCUACGCGGCCAAGAAAUAUUCCUAUGGCCACUUGCCUACCCACAGUAUCACUGCCCAUCCAAUGGUGACCAUCCGGAUCAGCGACCGGCAGAGGCUCAUCCAGCCCUACAUCCACAACUACUCCUGGCUGCUCUUCGCCGCCCUGGCUCUCUAUAGUGCCCACCUGGCCAGCGCCGAGGACGUGGACGGCGAAAAGCUGGACCCGCAGGUCCGCAGCAGCGCCGCCACCCUGCGGAGCCGGUGUCUGCAGCUCGUCGGGGACUGUCUGAUGAAGGCUCACCAGGGAAAAGGUCUUAAAGCUCUAGCUCUGCUUGGUGUAUUGCCAGAUGGUGGCUCUCCUCCAGAAAACCAGGCCCUGCCAGUCACUGCGCCCACCCAGACGUCAGAGGAGCAGCCAGAGAAGAAAGGUGUGCAGGCUGCCGCGGACCCGGCCCCCACAGGCCCUGCUGGGCACCGCAGUGGGAAGAGAGAUGCUCCUAAGGAAGUCAGACCUUUAGAUUGCAAGCAGAGAAGUAAGGCCAGUGAAGGUGUAUCAUUAAGGAAGGAUCCUUCCUGCCCGACUCAAAUUUCAGACUCACCUGCAGAUGCCUGCACACCUACAGGACUUCCAGAUGCUGAGAAUUCAGAAGCCUCCUCUCAGAAGCCCAUUGAGGAAAAGGCAGUUAUUCCAAGCCCUGAGCAGGUGUUUGCAGAGUGUUCCCAGAAGAGGAUUUUGGGAUUACUAGCAGCCAUGUUACCUCCCUUAAACUCGGAUCCCACAGUCCCCCUGAUAGACCUGGAGCAUGUGCUCCCGCUCAUGUUCCAGGUCGUCAUCUCAAACGCAGGCCACCUGAAUGAAACCUACCACCUCACCCUGGGUCUCCUCGGCCAGUUAAUCAUCCGCCUUUUACCAGCGGAGGUAGAUGCUGCUGUGACCAAGGUCCUCUCAGCCAAACACAACUUGUUUGCAGCUGGGGACAGUUCAGUCGUGCCAGAUGGCUGGAAGACCACCCACCUGCUCUUUAGCCUGGGGGCUGUGUGUCUGGACAGCCGCGUGGGCUUGGACUGGGCGUGUUCUAUGGCCGAGAUCCUGCGGUCGCUCAACAGCGCCCCUCUGUGGCGAGACGUCGUUGCCACCUUCACAGACCACUGCAUCAAGCAGCUGCCUUUCCAGCUGAAGCACACCAACAUCUUCACACUGCUGGUGCUGGUCGGCUUCCCCCAGGUCCUCUGUGUGGGGACCCGCUGUGUGUAUAUGGAUAAUGCCAAUGAACCACAUAAUGUGAUCAUCUUGAAGCACUUUACUGAGAAGAACAGGGCUGUGAUCGUCGAUGUCAAAACCCGGAAGAGGAAAACAGUGAAGGACUACCAGCUGGUCCAGAAAGGAGGGGGACAGGAAGGCAGUGACUCCCAGGCCCAGUUAAGCCAGUACUCUCAGCACUUUGCCUUUAUUGCCAGUCACCUUCUGCAAACCAGCAUGGACAGCCAUUGUCCCGAGGCAGUGGAAGCAACUUGGGUCCUGUCCCUGGCCCUCAAAGGAUUAUAUAAAACACUAAAGGUUCAUGGUUUUGAAGAGACGCAUGCUACCUUCCUGCAGACAGAUUUGCUGAAGCUGCUGGUGAAAAAGUGCAGCAAAGGGACUGGCUUCAGUAAAACAUGGCUCCUCCGGGACCUGGAAAUUUUGUCCAUCAUGCUGUACUCCUCAAAAAAGGAGAUCAACACUUUGGCUGAGCAUGGAGAGCUGGAGCUGGAUGAGCGAGGGGACCAGGAGGAGGAGGUGGAGCGGUCGGUCAGCAGCCCUGGUGACCAAGAGCAGAAAAAGCUAGACCCUCUCGAGAGCCUGGAUGAGCCCACCAGGAUAUGUUUCUUGAUGGCUCACGAUGCCCUUAACGCCCCUCUGCACAUCCUCCGGGCCAUAUACGAACUGCAGAUGAAGAGAACCGACUCUUUCUUCCUGGAGGUUCAGAAGAGGUUUGACGGGGACGAGCUCACCACGGACGAAAGGAUCCGGACCCUGGCUCAGCGGUGGCAGCCCAGCCGGAGUCUGAGACUGGACGAGCAGAGUGCCAAGGCCGUAGAUACAGACAUGAUCAUCCUGCCCUGCCUGUCCAGGCCUGUCCGCUGCGAGCAGGCCACCGUCGAGUCGAACCCUGUGACCCAGAAGCUGAUCUCCAGCACUGAAAGCGAGCUGCAGCAGAGCUACGCCAAGCAGCGGCGCAGCAAGAGCGCCGCCCUGCUGCACAAGGAGCUCAACUGCAAGAGCAAGAGGGCCGUCCGGGACUACCUCUUCCGCGUGAACGAGGCCACGGCCGUCCUGUAUGCCCGCCAUGUGCUGGCGUCCUUGCUUGCCGAGUGGCCUGGGCAUGUGCCGGUGAGCGAGGACAUCCUGGAACUGAGCGGCCCAGCCCACAUGACCUACAUUCUGGACAUGUUCAUGCAGCUGGAGGACAGGCACCAAUGGGAGAAGAUCCUGCAGAAGGUGCUUCAAGGCUGCCGGGAGAGCAUGCUGGGAACCAUGGCCCUGGCUGCCUGCCAGUUCAUGGAGGAACCAGGAAUGGAGGUGCAAGUGCGGGAGUCGAAACACCCAUAUAACAACAACACCAACUUCGAGGACAAAGUUCACAUUCCUGGUGCCAUCUACCUCUCAAUCAAAUUCGACCCUCAGUGCAACACAGAGGAAGGCUGUGACGAGCUAGCCAUGUCCAGCAGCAGUGACUUCCAGCAGGACCGACACAAUUUCAGUGGGUCUCAACAGAAGUGGAAAGAUUUUGAGCUUCCAGGAGACACUCUGUAUUACCGCUUCACCUCUGACAUGAGCAACACUGAGUGGGGCUACAGAUUCACCGUGACGGCCGGACACCUGGGGCGAUUCCAGACAGGAUUCGAGAUCUUGAAGCAGAUGCUGUCAGAAGAAAGAGUUGUGCCACACCUCCCGUUGGCCAAAAUUUGGGAAUGGCUGGUGGGUGUGGCCUGUCGCCAGACUGGUCAUCAACGGUUGAAAGCCAUCCACCUGCUCCUGAGGAUCGUGCGAUGCUGUACCCACAGCGACCUCUGUGACCUCACGCUGUUGAAGCCCCUGUGGCAGCUCUUCACCCAGAUGGAGUACAGCCUGUUUGAGGACGUGACCCAGGCCGGCAUCCUCCUGCCCCUGCAUCGCGCACUCACCGAGCUCUUCUUUGUCACCGAGAACCGCGCCCAGGAGCUCGGCCUGCUGCAGGACUACCUGCUGGCCUUAACCACUGAUGACCACCUUCUCCGCUGCGCCGCGCAGGCUCUGCAGAACAUUGCUGCUAUCAGCCUGGCCAUCAACUACCCGAACAAGGCCACCCGCCUCUGGAACGUUGAGUGUUAGCCCUUGGUGUGGUGUGCAUGGAACUCGCUAAUCUGUCCACGAGGAUCUUAGAGCAGAUGCCUGCACUCAUUCAGGAAGAUUCCCGUGGCAUCGGUGCCCGGCUCUCCUUGAGCUCCCCCCUUCCACCCCCACUAGAAUGCCAAGCAGCCACGUCUCCGAGAAUGUCCUGUGUCACAGAGAGGCACCUGCACGUCCCAUAGCAUGUGAGAAUAAGCAGAGUGAUGCAAAAUCAUUCAGAAAGCGCCAGCUGCAAGCCUUUGGAAAUGUUGUUCAGAGGCUACAGCCCCUGAAGACAAGGCCACAGCCUCUCUGGGAAGGGCUCUGUCUCCAUUGAACUGGAACUGCCUGCACUUGCCCUUCAGGGGACGACAGGGUCUGCCCGGACCCACAUUUCUCAGCAGGACCUUCAACAGCAGCCUGGCCUGGGAGCCCUUCUUUUGCUUUUGCUUCUUGAGACCGGGUCGUCUAAACCAAAACCAGUGAGAGCCCAGCCGCCACCUGGUCCCCACCAUUCAAUACAGGACCUGCUGCCAUGCUGGUCUCUGCGUAGCCUCGGCCGUCCCAGAGAACUCCUUGGUGAGAACAAGUGCCCUUGGGAACAGCCAGCAGGCCGCCACGCACGUUCACUGUGCACGGCUCCCAGCUCAGCCGCGUUGUUUUAGUUGUUGUUUUAACACAUGUUUCAGGUUCCACCUCAUGUUUUUAGAGAGAACCACACUGACUCCCUUGAGAGGGCCUCGGGGGCAUGGCCAGCAGAUCGGUCAUUCAGGGGGCACACUGGUUUGUGUGCAGGAGCAGGUCUUGAAGAACACUCUUCAGCGUCUGUACCCAAAGACUCGACGUGUUAUCAGAGAUCUUACUUUAGAAGUCAAACAAACGAAAAAACUACACCAUUCUAUUUCUGCUCCAAGGUCGUAGUAAUCCAUCACGUCCGUCUCUGGGACUUCCCAUGGUUAUCCGGCUGUCACCUGUCUCUAGCAAUAACUACAUCAGUUCUAAUGAAUGCUGUUUUCCACUUUCCUUUCUGUGGUGGUAGUCUUGCCCUGAAGUGCUGAUGAUUAUCCUCUUUCCAAAGCCAUGCUUUGGAGUGUGAGGCUGGGUUGGCAAGUGGGCCGCGGACAAAGCCUCAGUGGGACUCGUCACUUGAAGAACCGUAGGGCCAGCUGCCACUUAAGGGCGGGGAUCUGGGCCCAAGCAUGUUGCCCCUCAUACAAGGCCAAACCCACGGAAGGCUCAUCAUAGCCAGGCGGGGUUGAGCAGAUCUGCAUGCCAAGGCCCCGGAAGCCCCCCUUCUGCAGAGCCCAAGGCUGCGGGUCCUGGAAUCCCCUUAUUGCUAGAGCACUUCCGCCUUCUGGGUCAGGAAGCUGAGGUGCUGCAACCUUCUGCAGCCCUAGAUUGGAUUCUCGGCCCAGCCCCAAGCGGCAGGUGGAGCCAUUAUGGAAGGGAGAAUUCACAAGAGGCAGAGACAGAACAGGACCCGAGGCUUGGUGACCGAAAGCCCAAGAAGACCCUGACGUGGGCACAGCCUGGGCCUGGCCCGGUCUCCCGUGGUGUUGGGGUGUGAGUGGAUGAGCGCUGCUGGCUUGGUAGAAACCCCUUUCUCACCUUUUGCUCUGCUGGCAUCCCCAAAGAAGGCCCCAGGCGCCAUACCGCCCAGCCCCAGGUGGUUGUCUCCCAGUGACAAGGGGAUCACAGAGAUCACCGUGCUUUGGAGGAGAGGUCCCUGCCAUAGGCUCGGGCUCACUGAUGCAGAGAUGGUGUACUCACUGCUUACCCUCACCAUGCCCCCCCUAACCUCCCAGACUGGCAGCAGCUGCAGGGGUCAUACCCCUCGUGGCAGCAGCCAUUGGCUUUGCCCUCCAUCCUCCCACUAGGGAGAUAAAAGUGUAAAUAAAACGCUGGACUCCUCAGAGCUUCUCUCUGUACACCGCCCCUGCUAUUCUGAUCUCUGUGUAUUCAGUUUGCAUAGAAUAAGCCUCGGUUUUCCCUUCACCCACAACUGCUGCUCUCCUGCCAGUGCCCUGCUCGGCCCAGCGCCCUGCCUCCCAUCGCCUCUGCUACCAGCCACUGGGUGGCGCUGCUGAGCCAGGCCCACUCCCCUGGUCCGCAGCCGGGCCAGCAGUAUCCGAAAGUGAUUUCCAUCCAGACCGACAUCCCUCUGACCCUUCCUAGGAGGUGGGACUGCCUGGAGUGAGGUGGGACUGGCAGGAAUGAAGGUGUUGUGGAAACAUGUGCCUAAUCUAUAAAGAAAUCUGUUCCAAACCAUGUAUAUUGUACAGACAGACGCUGUUCCUUACGGGGAGUGACUUAUUUUCAUCAUCGUUUUUAAUUUGUUUUCUUACGGGUUUACGAUUUUGAAUUUUUCUUAUUUGGUUGAAAGAAAGAAUUUUGAUUAUAUCAGCUGAGUAAGUUCAGCCUGUAAAAAGGAUGUUAAGUUGUGGGUAAAAUACGCAAAUGAAGAGAAAUAUAUUGUACAUUCUAUAUAAAAAGGUA